UAUAAUGAUUUCAUGAUGUCAUAUCUUGAUUUGUUGUUGUAUUUUCUUGUAGAUGUCCUGAAUGACGCAAUCUUUGACGAAGAUCAUGACGAGAUGGUGAUCGUGAAGGAUAUCGACAUGUUUUCCAUGUGUGAACACCAUUUAGUUCCCAUUUUUGGCCGGGUGCAUAUAGGUUACCUUCCAAACAAGAGGGUUCUUGGUCUGAGUAAAUUAGCACGAAUUGUUGAGAUAUACAGCAGGAGAUUGCAAGUUCAAGAGCGUCUAACUAAACAGAUUGCGGUCGCCAUCACUGAAGCUUUACAGCCUGCUGGCGUCGGAGUGGUUGUUGAAGCCACUCACAUGUGUAUGGUUAUGCGAGGCGUCCAGAAGAUGAACAGCAAGACUGUGACCAGCACCAUGCUGGGCGUUUUCCGCGAGGACCCCAAGACACGGGACGAGUUCCUGACCCUGAUCCGGAGCUGAUCUCUCCACUGCCAAAACUCUUCUCAAAACACCUCCUCUCUGGUCCCGCCUCCGGACGAGGCCCUGCUGCUGUGUAACAUAGUGUCCCACCCGCCUCGGUAACACCAUCUCUUCUCUAUCGCCUGUGUGUUUCAUUGAUUAAGGUUUUGUGUCUCUGUUGAUGGGACUGGCUGUUACAUGGAAGCAUUAUGUUUUGAAGGACGUUCUAGAUUAACACACUUUAACCUAAACUAACAAGCACUAAACCCACCAAAAUUUGUUUACAUCUCUUUCCGGUCGGGGCACUUUUGCGCUCUAUUAAACACAAUUGAGUUGCCAGACAUAAACAACAAAGCAGUUUUAUUUUCACGCUUUUGGACAGGGAGGUACGUGUCAUUCUGAAUACUCAAUUUUACUGAUAUAAAAAGUACUGUCGAGGUACAGUAAUGGUAAUGAAAAUCACCAUGGUACUGAAUUAUUAACAAAAUUCAUAUUCCUUGAUAUUUACAAGGUACUUGAUUAGACAUGGUAAAGAUUAUUAUGGUAUUAAAAUGACAUAGUAAAAAAUCAUAGUAUUACAAUAGCAUGACUUUUAAAAAAAAAAAAAAAUGAAUAACCCAGACAGGUUUUAUUGUUGUUUUACUGUGUGCUGAAAAUGUAUUAUGUGUACGCUGUCUUAUAAUGUUAUAUUUAAUAUACCGGUAAUGUGUCCUGUGCAUCAGUCAACAUUUGUGCCCAAACCAUCUUCUGCUCUUAAAGGGAUAGUUUACCUUUACCCCAAAAUAAAACUUCCAUCCUCUUUUACUCGCCCUCAUUUUGUCUUAACCCCUUAAAGCUUGACAUUUAAAAUAAUGUAAAAAAAAAAAAAAAAAAA